AGCUGCGCCUCCUGAGCAGGUUUACCAGGCAUAGCCGAGCUCGCCGUUCCCCGCCCCCCAGCAGCAGCCACGUGGGCGCCAUCCAUCCAUCCUCAGGAAUAAAAGUCACUUCUUAUCAGCUGCUGACACCAUGAGUGUGGGCUUCAUUGGCGCUGGGCAGCUGGCCUUCUCUCUGGCCCGAGGUUUCACUGCAGCAGGGAUCUUGGCAGCUCAUAAGAUUACGGCAAGUGCACCAGAUACAGAUUUGCCAACAGUAUCUGGGCUGAGGAAAAUAGGUGUGAAUUUUACCCUAAGCAACAAAGAGACAGUUAAAAACAGCGACGUCCUGUUCCUGGCAGUGAAACCUCCCAUAAUUCCAUUCAUCCUGGAUGAGAUUGGCUCUGACAUAGAGGACCGGCACAUUGUGGUUUCAUGUGCUGCUGGCGUCACUAUCAGCUCUAUUGAGAAGAAACUCUCUGCCUUCUGCCCCACCCCAAAAGUGAUCAGGUGCAUGACCAAUACACCAGUGAUCGUCCGUGAAGGGGCCACAGUCUAUGCCACAGGGACACAUGCUGAGGUGGAAGAUGGAAAGCUCCUGGAACAACUGAUGGCGAGUGUGGGCUUCUGCACUGAGGUGGAGGAAGACUUGAUAGAUGCUGUUACUGGACUCAGUGGAAGUGGACCUGCUUAUGCAUUCACAGCCCUGGAUGCCUUGGCAGAUGGAGGGGUGAAGAUGGGCCUUCCUCGCAGACUGGCUGUACGGUUGGGAGCUCAGGCAUUGCUGGGAGCUGCCAAGAUGCUGUUGGAAUCAGAGCAGCACCCAGGACAACUGAAGGACAACGUCUGUUCCCCGGGGGGUGCUACCAUCUAUGCCGUGCACUUCCUGGAGAGCGGGGGUUUCCGCUCACUCCUCAUCAAUGCCGUGGAGGCAUCCUGCAUCAGGACAAGGGAGCUGCAGUGCUUGGCUGAUCAGGAGAAGGUUUCCCCUGCUGCUAUUAAGAAGACCUUGAUGGAUAAAGUAAAGCUAGAGUCUUCCUCUGCCAACAAGGUCAACCUAUUCAACAAGAACCCUGGCAGUAAGAAGUAUUAAGGAGACCCUGUUGUGGCCUGGCCACACUUUUCUUUCUUUUCAACGGAAUCUUUAGCUCAUGCCAUUUGGGGGCAGUGGGAGGGAGGAAUAUCCUGGACUCAAGGCCGUCAGAGAAAGGAACUUCCAUUUUUCUGGUUAGAUUCUUUGAGAUCAGCAGUUUGCGGGGGGAUGCAAGUGGAGCAGAAUCAUCAGCCCAUUCUUUUGAGUGGGCAGAAACUCUCAACUUCACCACUGUCUCUUCCAUAGCUGUUGCAGGAUUAAUAUUAACUACAUUUUAUUCUGAUUUUCUUCCACUGAGGUCCUAUGUUACGUCUCCUCACAACAGCUUUGUGAGGUAGUUUAGCCCUGCAACACAAUGGCUGGUUCCAGUGAACUUUCUUAUUAGCCUACUACACACUGCUGUCAGCCUGUGCCUAUUUCCUGUGAUGUUUUUAUGUGAUCAGAGGCUGGAGUCCCAAACCUUAUUCUCAUCACAGAGUGGCUACAUCCAGUCUGCAGGACAUUCUGGAUUGGGGGUGGGCAGAGCUUGGAACUGUUUUUAUUAACACAAAGAUAUAUUAAAUUCGAAACAGAUUUGGCAGUUUUAAUAGUGGGGUUGCACAGGUUGAGUAUCCCUUGUCAGAAAUGUGUGGACCAGAACUGUUUUGGAUUUUGGAAUACAGUAGAGUCUCGCUUAUCAACAUAAACGGGCCAGCAGAACGUUGGAUAAGUGUAAAUGUUGGAUAAUAAGGAGGGAUUAAGGAAGCCUAUUAAACAUCAAAUUACAUCAUGAUUUUACAAAUUAAGCACCAAAACACCAUGUUUUACAACAAAUCGACAGAAAAAGUCUUUCAAUACAUCGUAACGUUAUGUAGUAAUUACUGUAUUUAUGAAUGUAGAUGUACCGGGCAGGAGACAGACUGCGUUGGAUAAUAUCGAAUGUUGGAUGAGCAAAGGUUGGAUAAGCGAGACUCUACUGUAUUUGCAUUUGAGUACACACAUAUGUAACACGAUACCGUUUAGAUGGCACCCAGGUCUAAACAUUUAUUUUUCAGAUAUCUUAUAUACAUAGCCUGAAUGUAAAUUUUAUACAUUAUGUUUUUAAUAAUUUGGUACACAUUGAACCAUGAGAAAGUAAAAAUGCCGCUACCUCAGUCAACCCAUUUUUGGAGUAUUUCAGAAUUCUGGACAAGGGAUGCUCUGCUUGUAAUUACUUACAUCUACCUGUAAUUACUUACAUCUUCGGCAUCAGAAAAAAUAUAUAAAAUUGCUUUUAAAUUUGAAGAACCUGUCAAAAUCUCUAAAGCUUGCCAAUCCCUAAAAAUCUUUUACAAGGUAAUUAAUUAAAAUAAGUCAAUUUUUAUUCAAGAUAUUAACAUUGUUAUUCAACAACUUAAUGACUUUUUAAAACCCCUCAAUGAAUUGAUUCCAAGCUCUGCAUAGGGCUGCAUUCAUUUUUUUAUUCUUAUUACAUAGCAUAUUGCUCCCAUUCCCCGUGUAUUGCUAUUUCUGCUUUGCCCAGCUGUAUCAGAAAUCACAGAUAUCCUGGAUUGAACAGCACUUUGCAUGCUGCCCACUAUUGUAAAAAAAAAAAAAAUCUCAACGUUUUUCUCCUUUCUCUCAUCUUCAGUUACUUGACAUCUAAAAUAGGUACUCAAAUACAUUUAUCUUAUGCUGUACACCAGUGGUUCCUAAUCUGUAGUCUGUGGACCACUAGUGGUCCUCAAGAACUAAAAUAUGGUCCGCAACAACUAAAAUUUGGUCCACGUCCUCACCAUUACUACACUGUUGCAACAAGAGCAACUGGUCUUUUGAAACCCUUUUAUAGUGCCAAGGCUUAUUAAACAUGAUUUUCUGUGGGCGAGCAGAUGGCGUAUGUUGCGUAUCAGAAACUAGAGCUGAUGUGGUCUAUCCAAUGCUAUUUUCUGAGUCAGCACCCCAGAUAACCAAACUGAAUCCAAACUUGACCAAAAACUGAUUCAUAUUCCUUUUGGUACUAAUGUUGGAGAGUGGUCCCUGGUCAAAAAAAGCUUGGGAACCACUGCUUUAAACCAAAGGGGGAGGAGAAAGCCUUUCAUAUUAGCAAUAGCUCAGCUCAGGAGUAUAGGAAGGUUUUACAUCUGCCUCCACUAGGUCACAUUAUUUGCCAAUCUAGCUUAGCAUUGUCUGUUUUGAUUGGCAGUCACAUUCUCAGCUCUCAGGGGGCAGAAAUUCAUCCUCUGUCUCCUGCUUACCAGUUCUUUCACUACAACAUGUCAGUGGCAUCAUCACUUAUUGUCACAUCUUAACAGUGUAGGUUUAGAGAUGGCUUUGAAAUGUACCCAAAAUGUGUUCAGAUCACAUAAUUAAUGUGAGAGUUUCCUCUUAUGAUCAGUUCUGAUUUGUAUUUAGGGUAGAGCAAUUUAAUAGGUCACCCUUUGUUGACAAGAGAAGAAGUAUCAGCAAUAACCUCUUACGAUGUGUAUAAGUGUCAUCAAGUCACCUGUUGACUUGGUGAUCGCACAGAUUUAAUAGGAUUUUCUUAGCUGGUUUGCCUGUUCCUUCUUCUGAACUAUAGCCUACAGCACCCCACGUAUAUUAGUAGUCUCCCCUCCAAGUACUAACCAGAGCUAGGCCUGCUUAGCUUCCAAGACCAGAUAGGAUCUGGUGCCUAGGGUAUUUAGACCCUGCAACUGUUAUGACACAAACAUGAAAAAAAAAUUUAUAGUUGCAAUCACGACAGACUCUGCUAUGGAAUUUCAUUUGCAACAUCUCUCUACUACCAUUUUUACAAGAAGUCCUGAGACCUUAAGCUUGUUGAAGGCUUUACAAUGACCAAAGACAUCAAGAGUUCCAGGUAGGCAGAAAAUCUGAGGUGCUUAAUAGGGCAAGAUACUGGAAAGAAGACUCCAAAGGACUUGCUUCCCAAAGUCAUUGUUUAAACCUAUCCAGUCUCUCAGUGCUUCUUAAAGAGAUCUAGUGUAUCUGGAAGAUUAUGGGAGCUGUCAUCCAAAAGAGUAACUUUUCUAAACUCUGCUUUUUGAUGAGAACAAAACCAUUUUUCCUGUGCUGAAGGAAGCAGAACUAAGGAGUGCAGAGAUUGCUGUUGAUGCCACAGAUAUAGUGGCAACAUCCCAGUAGGGUUACCAUAUGGAGAGAGGAAUACAACAUCAGCCUUGUUAAGGAUUGUGUAGAAGGGGAAAAUUCAGCAGCUCUGUCCCUUAUUUCACUUGGCAACUCUACAUCCCACGUAGGAUUGUUUGUCAUUGAACAAAUCCUGUUACAUACUUUUUUCAUGUCAAGAGUGACUUGAGAAACUGCAAGUCACUUGUGGUGUGAGAGAAUUGGCCGUUUGCCUGGAUGUUUUGCCAUCCUGUGGGAGGCUUCUCUCAUGUCUCCACACGAGAAGCUGGAGCUGACAGAUGGGAGCUCACCCCAGAUUUGAAGUGCUUUCUUUUUGAUCAGCAGUCCUUCCAGCACAAGAGUUUUAACCCAUUGUGCCACUGGGGGCUCAGUUACACACACAUUGACUGUUAACAUUUUCUUAGAUGAACUGCAAACCCACCCCCUGCCUUUUGUAUGUAAUGUGGCAUUUUCUUAUUUAUCCUUUUUAUAUGGCUCUCUAUAUGUUUUUGGACUGUAGCCUCCAUAAUCCCUUGUCAGUUAUCAUGGCUGAUGGGAGUUGUAUGCCAGAAACAUUUUGUCCCAGUUCAGUAUAUGAGUGAGGUUUGCGUUCAUUUCCCCUCCCUGCUCUUCUUUCUUAGAUGAAAGAAUUUCAGAGGCAUCUACUUUUGCUUUUAGACAAGCCGCAGUUCCCCACUGCAUUCAUCUGUGGUUUUCCAUUAUAACUGAACUGGAGCACUCUUUCCACUUUGCAUUCACCUGCUUCUUACUGCUCCACAUAGCUUUGCAAAAGCUUGGGGGGGGGGGGGGAAUGUUGUACACAGAUAAAAAGUAAACACAUAUAACUAUGCAUACUCAUUGGAAAACAUUUGUUAUUCAGUACCCUUGCUUGUUACUAUUUACUACUUAUUUGCUUCUUUGCUUCUCCCAUGUUGCUAUAUACCAGUGAAUGGAACAAGGGAACAGGCUGAAGGUGGAGAAGAAAUAAAACAUCCCAUGGCACUAUUCACAGAUUGUCCAGGAUACUUUUGAAUUCAAACCAUACUGAGUAUCCUCCAUGUAACUAAGGUUAUCUCAGGCCUAUGUGAACUGAAAUGCAUUGUUGUAUUUAUUGCUUGAAAAGACCA